ACGCCGUCCCCACGCCGGAAGUACACGUGCUGCUGCUUCCGGCUUGAAGCCGCGCGUGUGGUGGAGCGGUGUCUCCGUUUGGUCCGGUCCCGGCGGCACCAUGGUGAAGCCACGCUAUAAAGGCCGCAGCACCAUCAACCCGUCCCGCGCCAGCACCAAUCCCGAUCGCGUGGCUGGCGCGGGCGGGAACAACAUGCGGGACCGAGCCACCAUCCGCCGCCUCAACAUGUACCGGCAGAAGGAGCGGAGAAACAAACGUGGCAAAGUGAUUAAACCUCUGCAGUAUCAGUCAACAGUGGCACCAGGCACAGUUGCAAGAGUGGAACCAAAUAUUAAAUGGUUUGGGAAUACUCGUGUGAUCAAGCAAUCAUCCCUACAAAAAUUUCAAGAGGAAAUGGAAACUGUCAUGAAAGAUCCAUACAGAGUGGUCAUGAAGCAAAGCAAGUUACCAAUGUCCCUUUUCCACGAUCGGAUUAAACCUCACACUUCCAGAGUUCACAUUCUUGACACAGAAACAUUUGAAACAACAUUUGGCCCCAAAGCACAGAGGAAAAGGCCAAACCUUGCUGCAAGUGAUGUGCAGUCUCUGCUGGAGAAUGCCGAAGCCUCAUCAGAAUGUUAUGAUCAGGGCAAAGACAGAGACCUGGUCACAGAAGACACUGGUGUAAGGGAUGAAGCACAAGAGGAAAUAUUUAAGAAAGGACAGUCAAAAAGAAUUUGGGGUGAGCUGUACAAGGUGAUAGACUCAUCAGAUGUUGUUGUUCAAGUUCUUGAUGCCAGAGAUCCUAUGGGUACUCGCUCCCCUCAUGUGGAAUCUUAUCUGAAAAAAGAGAAACACUGGAAACAUCUCAUUUUUGUCCUGAACAAAUGUGACCUUGUUCCUACCUGGGCUACUAAGCGCUGGGUUGCUGUCCUUUCCCAGGAAUACCCAACACUUGCUUUUCAUGCCAGCCUCACCAACCCUUUUGGCAAAGGUGCUUUCAUACAGCUUCUAAGGCAGUUUGGAAAGUUACACUCUGACAAGAAACAGAUCAGUGUGGGUUUUAUUGGGUACCCAAACGUUGGCAAGAGCUCAGUGAUCAACACAUUGCGGUCUAAGAAGGUCUGCAAUGUGGCUCCCAUUGCAGGUGAAACUAAGGUGUGGCAGUACAUUACUUUGAUGAGGCGGAUUUUUCUCAUUGACUGCCCAGGGGUGGUGUAUCCAUCUGGAGACUCAGAAACAGAUAUUGUUCUGAAGGGAGUGGUUCAAGUUGAAAAGAUUAAGAGCCCUGAAGACCACAUUAGUGCAGUGCUGGAAAGAGCCAAACCAGAGUACAUCAGAAAGACAUACAAAAUUGAUUUCUGGGAAGAUACAGAAGAUUUCCUUGAGAAGCUUGCUUCUAGAACUGGAAAACUACUAAAGGGUGGUGAGCCUGAUGUACAAACUGUCAGCAAGAUGGUUCUCAAUGACUGGCAGAGGGGCAGAAUUCCGUUCUUUGUGAAGCCACCAAAUGCAGAAGCAGGUUCUGAGCCAUCUGCAUUGGAAGGAGCAGUGACAUCAAGCCAAGCUAGUAAUGAGAAGGAAAUUUCUGAGUCUGUUGCAUCAAGUACGGAGGCAACAGAAGAGAAGAAUAACACAGACACUGAAAUGAAGCAACUCAUGGCAAACGUUCGGCAAAAUUUUGGGAGGAUUAACGUAGCACCUCAGUUCUCAGAAGAAGACCUAAUUCCUGUAGAUGUGCCAGGUUUUGAUGAAACAGACAGUGAUUGUCCUGAAGAUGAGGAACAGGAAGAAGAGGAAGAGGAAAAUGAGCAACAUCAAGAUUCAGUAGAGGAAGAAUCACAGCCAACUGUACAGAGUGCCAGGGAGAGCUCAAAGGCAGUUCUUCAGGCUUUGGAGGAGAAGAUUGCAAAAUGCAAAAAAUUUCUGGAUAAGGCCAAAGCCAAGAGAUUCUCAGCAAUAAGAAUCCCUAAGCAGCUGAGUGAAAAAGUGUUUGCGAAAUCCAUGCAAAAGGCUGAGGAGACCAAAGAAAAUGAAGAGAAAGGUGGCGCAGUAAAGAAAAGAAAAAGGAAUAUAGAAGAGGAGGAUGAUGAAGACCAUUUGGGUAAACAGCCUUGCAAGAAGCUUACAUCCAAAGAAAGGAGACGAGCUGAGAGGCAGCAGCGCUCCAAGAAAGUUGGAGUCCGGUAUUAUGAAACUCACAACGUGAAAAAUAAGAAUAAGAACAAGAAAAAAAGUGGCUUGGAGGCACAGAGAUCAAAGCACAAAAAAAAUAAACAUAAGCAAUAACUGUUUAUCCUAUUAAAUUUUACAUAAAACA